AUGUUGCCUUCAUGUCCUAAAUGUGGAAAAGAUAAUUUUAAAAGUACUCAAGAUAGAAACACUCAUCUGAAUCGCAGAAUUCCAUGUAUACCUAAAAUUACUGAAGUAAUUAGCUAUCCAGAAACUAUUCCAGAACCUUCAGAAGUUGGAAAUAACCUUCCAAAUAAUCUAAAGUAUGGUAGUACAUCAUCUGUAGAAGAGCUUAAAGCAACUAUAGAUGGGCUUGCUUCACAAAUGCGAGCAAUUUUUUGGCAAUUAAAAAAUACAUCAAUGGAUAUUAAGGGAGUGUCAGGUGAUAUAACAGAUUUAUCAAAUCAGCAGGAAGCAGCACAAAAAACAAUGUCUCAAUAUACUGCUUCAACCAAAAAAUCUGUUCGAGAUCUUGAGGAGACAAUGUCUCAACAUACUGCUUUGUCUAGUAAAUCAAGUAUUCAUACUUUGCUGAAACUUGGAGUUUACAAUCGAUAUUGAUUAGAUAUCGCAAUGAUAUCAUUAUGAUAUCAUUACGAUAUUUUGAUAAAAAAUAGAUUCGACGUCGUUAAGUUAGUCGUAACUGUAUUUAAUCGACAUUGAUUAGUUCGAUAUCUCUGCGAUAUCGCUGCGAUCAUUAUG